AUGGGUUAUGAGAAUUUGGAGAAGGAAGCCAGAAAAUACCAAUUAUGCUAUAAAAAAAAGAGCAUUGUGGGAGAUUCUGGGAAGGGCUCAGAAGAUGAGAUGAGGGAGAGCAUACAGAGGGCCAAAAUUAAGAACAAUGAGCUAGUUUACUUGGCAACAGAAGUCUCAAAACAAAGUAUCAGUACCAUUACCACCAUUGCAUUUGGAAACAGAGCCUGGAACACUCUCCUAGACCCAGGAACUCAUCGGACACACAGUGGACAUUGCAGGCUGGAAGAAAGGAACAGAUCUACUGCCGUGGCAGUUACACAAGGAAUGGAGCAAACCGUAGCAGAGACUGGCCCUGCUGUGCCCCAGCCAGGACACAAAACCACUCUAAGUUCAUAUAUGUGGAAUGGGAUGCCAGAAAAGUUCCUGAAGGGGGAACCCAAAAUCCUUGGGGUUGUGCAGAUCAUGAUUGCUGUGAUGAAUUUGAGCAUUGGAAUAACAAUGAUGAGUGUCACAUUUCCCUUGUGGCAACCACGUCCCCUGUCAACAUACCUGUGUUACCCACUUUGGGGGUCAGUGAUGUUUAUUUUCUCAGGAUCCUUCUCAGUUGCAGCAGGAACUAGAACUACCAAAGGUCUGGUACAAAGUAGCCUGGGGCUGAACAUCAGCAGCUCUGUCCUGGCUGCAAUAGGAAUCAUAAUCAGCGCCCUGAGCUUGGCUUUUUAUUCAUUCCGAUAUAAUUAUUGUGUCUUUAAUGGGAAAGAUGAUACUUGCCUCAUGAGCUUUUACAUUUUAAUGGGAAUGGAUGGUAUGGCACUCGUUCUAAAUGUUCUCGAGUUAUGCAUUGCAGUGUCCCUCUCUGCCUUUGGAUGCAAAGUAACCUGCUGUAAUCCUGGUGGGGUUGUAUUCAUUAUGCCGGCAAACUCUAACAUGGCAGAGAUGGCAUCCCCUGCACCACUUAAAGAUUUGGUGCCACCGACAGCUCAACAGAGAAAUAUUUCAGAGUACCUACCCCGAUUGUAAUGAAAGAAUUCCACUUGGAAAAGUGCUAGAAUCCAGCUUGGACACACAUGUCAACUACGUUCAGAACCACUAUCAUUUUGCCCCCUAGAAUUCACUGAUUCAAUUUUCUGGCUCUUUAUCACAUUAUCAAAAAUUAAAUAAAUGGAUCAAA